AUGCCGCGAGCUUCUAGACCGACCGUGGGGAGCAAGGACAUGAUCAUAGACCCGUACGCUAUCACGGACCGGGAGCUGUUCUACAUAUCCCAGAGGAGUCUCUCGAAGAGUUUGUCAGCACAGGUCUCCUCACGUGCCACGUUCGCGAUCUACCUGCGCUGGCUUGAGGUGCACCGGCAGGAACCGUCCCGCCGCUCCGAGCACUGGUCGAACACGGUGAUGCACUGGGUGCAGAGCUUGCGGAGCCGUGGGUAUCAGGAGGAGGAGAUUAUCGGCCGGGUUGAGGAGUGGAAGCGUGAGGAGGGCCCCUGGAUGUCGAGAUCGCACCGCCAUCCGCCGACGGAACGUGAUAUCCGGAAGGCGUUUGAUGAAGACACGAGGCAGCAGCGAGAAGGUGGAAAUUUAGAGGAGAGAAUGGACCGGGAGAGACUGGUGGUGACACACGGUGAAAGGAAGGCAUCGGCGAGGAUGAUGUCGGGUGGGCAUGAUAUUUACCGCCCUUCGGAUUCGUUAUUCCAGAAACCCGAGGAAGCUUGGGAGAGGAAGGAGAGAAAACGGAUUGAACAGUACAAGUUGGAUCUUCCACCGCCGGUGAGCUACAUUUGCAACAGGUGUGGCAAGAAAGGUCACCACCUACAGAUGUGCCCAACGAACAUGGAUGCGUCAUUCGACAGGCCACCUGCCGUAGACUACCGUUGCGACGUCUGCCACGAAAGAGGGGUCCACUUUAAAUCGCUUUGCCCGAAGAACACCGAUCCCUACUCCAUUAUACAGAAGCGUAAAGCAAGAGGUAUUGCCACACCCACCAAGAACGACAGGAAGAAGGAGAGUUCUAUUCGUAGUAGAAUGAGCGAUUUUUCCGUGGAGUCGUCUAGCACCUCGUCUACCAGCUACAGCUUCCCACCAUCUGUCAAGAAGCUCGAACUCAUUGAGUCACUACAGGACCUAGAGAAGAAGAAGCAAAACUUGUUCCAAGAGCAGUCAGAAGAGAUCGUGGGCAUGAUUCGGGAAGGCACUGGGAAGCGAGUCCGGGAACAAGACUACUCCAGGCCCAGUGGCAGCCCACAACGAAGGAAGGUUCGCAAGACGGAUAGAGAAGUAACGCCAUCCGACAACGAGCAGGAUGAAGGUGGCAGGAGCGACGUAGAGAUGAUAGAAUACAUCGACGAAAACGCUCAUGCAGACAGAAUCUUUGCACUCCGCCCUAUUGAAAUAUCGUCAGCUUCAAGGGUUUCAGAUCAAAGAGAGAACUUCGACGAGGAAAUAGAGGAAUUCACGAUCGAAAAACCGACCAAGGAAUAUCCGCCGUUCGUUCGGAUGCUGAUGCGGACGCGACCAGAAAUGAGUGAGAUUGUCAAUCAUAUCAAUAAGCGUAGGAGGGCUCGAGAUAUGUGGGAGCAGGUCGACCGCGAGCAACAGCAACAAGUAAAGUUCAGGCCAAGACCAACGGGACUAUUUUCGUACGAAGAUGACCAGGAGUCUUUGUUAACUGAAGAUUCGGUGGUACUUAGCAGCCGAGGGGGCUUACCGGAAAUCAAGAUGCAAUACGACGGAACUUGCGAUGAGCCAGAUUCUAGAGCCAUUGGGUUCUCGGAAACUGUCACGUCAGACCUCCGCACCACCCACUUUAGUAAAUCAUCGACACUCACGACUAAAUUUCGAAAGAGCCCGACCAAAGUCCCCAAAGCUACAAUCGAGAUCGGAGACGGCCCUUUCAGGACGGCGGUCGAAUCCAAGAUGGUGCCCAUGGCUACAAGGCGAAUGGCUAAGAAAAUCGAGGACCUGAAGAAAUUCGGAAGUACUUUCAAGCUUGCAACACCAGUCCCAAAUGACCUCGUACAGAUCUUGUCGAACAACCCGGCCAAGCAAGAAGAGAUUCGGAAGAGGUCUGGAGCCCAGCAAGCACCAGUUGUGGGGUCGGUCGAGGCAUGGCUGGCGAGUUGCAAUGCAGACGGGAAUUCCGGAUCUUGA